AUGAGCUUCUCCUUCCCAACGGGAUUUGACAAGCCUGUCUGCGUAUUCUGCGCGUCGUCCCCGGGCACCAAUGUCAUCUACACAGCCGCGGCACUCAGUGUCGGCUCGUCGCUGGCCACGGCCAACAUGCCCCUCGUGUACGGCGGUGGUCGUCGUGGUCUGAUGGGCGUUGUCUCGCACGCGGCCCUCGAGGCCGGCGGUGUGGUCCACGGUGUGCUUCCUCGCGCCCUCGUUGGCCGUGCGUCCGAGGCCACUCCCGUGGCUGGCGCCCCGACCAGCGCCGUUCCCGCGAGCUCUGAGGGCAAGGGCGCGGACCUCCUUGCCGACGACUUCCAGGGCCGUCUUUCCAUGAGCGUCGUUGGAAGCAUGCACGAGCGCAAGGCCCUCAUGGCCAAGCUCUCGACCGGCGGCUUUGUCGUCCUCCCCGGUGGCUUUGGCACCUUUGAGGAGCUCUUCGAGAUGGUCACUUGGAACCAGAUUGGCAUGCACCAGCUCCCUGUCAUGCUCCUUAACAUCGACAACUUUUACGAGCCCAUCAAGGCCCUGGUUGCCAACGGUGUCAACGCCGGGUUCAUUGGCGAGAAGAACGCCAGCCUGAUCCAGAUUAUUGAUCUCGGCGAUGCUGCGGCCAACGCGGACCCAGGCCGGGCGAUGGAGUGGGGUCCUGCGGCCGUCAAGGCGCUUCAGGCGUGGACCUUCCCGGCUGGUGCUGGUUACGGCUUCACCUGGUCCGAGGGCGACAAGACUGUCCCCGUCACCCCCGGCUCGGCCACUCCUGCCCCCCUGGCUGCUGCCGCUGGAAUCCCCAUGCACGCCAAGUCGCACGCUGCUGUGGCUCCUGUGGCGGCUCCUGCUGCCGCCCCUGCUGCUUUCGCUGCCGGCUCGGCCUUUGCCAAGGGCGAGCACCCGCACAUGCAGCAGCUGGCCGAUAACCUUGCCGGCAGGUUGUUCAGCUUUGCCGACAGCAUCAACCCGAAGGCGCCGACGCACCACACCGUCACUCCGUCUGUAGCUACCGGCUCGUCGACUGCUGUCCCUGCUGCCGCCGCUGUCCCCGCCUCUGCCGCUGUCCCCGCUGUCCCCGCUGCUGUCGACAUUGCCGCUCCCAUCGCCACCCCGGCUGUCGCCGCCGAUGUCGCUCCUGCUCCCGCCCAGACCCAGCUUCCUCCCCUGUUCACCACCACCCGGUACACUUCCAAGUCCUCCCUCACGCCUACAGUGCCCGUGACUCGCGACCUUGUGCCCCUCUGGCCGCGGCAUGUGGCGCGGCUGAGGACGGCCCACGCGCAUUUCCGCCAGCGUGACGGUGAGGUGUGGGGGUCGUAUCCCGGCGACGAGACUGUGUGGGCUGCCGUGCAGAGUGCUAUUGAGGCCAAGGAGAAGACCGGCUGUGGAGACUGGCGGGUGCGCGUUGUGCUCAAGCCAGCGGUGCCAAUUGCGACCAUCGAAGUCCAGCUGCCAGACGCCAAUGCGCCACCUUACCAGUUCCUCCCGUCUCCCACACGCCCCACGACGCCGCGCAAGCUCUACCUCGACCCCAUCGCGUCGCCCGUCCUCGCCUCCGAGACGAGCUACAGGCUGUACAAGACCGAGCGCAGGCAGGUAUACGCCGACAGCGCCGCGCGCGCCGCGUCACGCGGCGCGGCAGGGCCGUACCCAGAAGUCGUGCUGCACGCCAACGGCCUGCUGCUCGAGAGCGUCACGUCCAACAUUGCCAUCUUGACGCCGACGGCCGAUGGGCUGGGCGAGGCUUGGCUCACGCCGGCGCUGGACCCGGCCACCACGCCGUUGUUGGCCGGUACGGCGCGCGCCGAGCUGUUGGCCCGCGGCGUGGUGACCGAGGCGAGGCUGACGGUCGAGGACUGGGAGGCGGCCAGGCGCGACAACAGGCGGGUUAUAGGGUUCAAUGGCCUGAGGGGGGUGUACGAGGCUGAGAUUGCGGAUGCCGAGUUGGUCCAAGUGGCGAGGACGUAG